CGUACAGUUUUUGGCCUAUAAAUGUAUCCGUAAACUCUCGCGAUACGUGUAACUUUCCGGAAAGCUGUCAUGGCUGCGGCCGUAGGUGGCCACGGGGUUCUGUUUUAAGGUGAGUGGAGCAUAAGCAUAGGCGGAACGACUGGCAACAUCUCCUAGACUUUUUUGCCCUGCAGCGAAUGGUGUGAGGAGUGGUCCCGACGUUCAGGAAGAUAGGUUACGGUGGGUGGCCCAGCUGCGGAAGGACGUUGACAGUGGUGAGGUUUCGAGGAAAACGACAGCAUGUGUUCUUUUUCACUAAUGGAAGUGACUUUUGUUUCAUAUUGAAAACUGAAAGUCAUUUGAAAGUGUUUCAGUGGAUAACAAAAUGAGUAACAAAGCACGUUCCAAUAUAUGGAACCUCAGACAAUUCAGUACUUUAGUUCUAGCUAGCAGAACUUCGAGUAUAUAUCCUUUGGGAUUUUGCAGAUCAAAAAUUGAUCAUUCAAACUGGAAUUUAAGAAACCUUCCAUUAAAUGACUUUGAUAAUAGAAUGCGACCAUCUAUUAGAUACCUCUUUCAGGAUGCAUUCAUUUUAAAAUCAAGAAAUGAUGGCUUUCAGUCAGAAAGCUUAAACACUUUAACAGUCUUUAGAGUUAACAGACUACUUUGUCCUAGAAGAAUAUCCUUUGACUCAAAAGAUUAUUUUGUUUCUAUUGGUAUUUCUGAUAAUGGAUUGAAAAAAGUAGACUUUCAUCAUGAGGUCUCCAGUGAAGAUGUGCUCUCCAAGGAAAUGAAAUCAACUCCUAUCAACUAUAGAAAACUAUCUGAGGAGUCUAAUUCUCUGAGUGAUGUAUUAGAUACAUUUUCAAAAGCACCUACAUUUCCUAGUAGUAAAUAUUUCUUAGCAAUGUGGACAGUUGCCAAAAGGAUGUCUGAUGAUCAGAAGCGCUGUGAAAAACAACUGAUGUUUAAUCACCCUGCUUUUAACCAGCUAUGUAAAGAAAUGAUGAAAGAAGCUAAGAUCAUGCGCUAUGACCACCUGCUAUUCAGUCUUCACGCUAUAGUAAAGCUUGGAGUCUUUCAGAAUUCGCUUCUGGUACAGACUUUGCUGAGGGUUAUUCAGGAACGUAUCACUGAGUGUGAUGAGAGAUGUCUCUCAAUUUUGUCAACUCUUUUAGAGGCAUUGGAGCCAUGCCAGAAUGUACAAGCUCUUCGAACAGGAUUGUGGUUGCUAGUUGAUCAGCAAAUUUGGAAAAUAAAACAUGUCAUCACAUUACAAACUAUAAUGAGAUAUAUUGGAAAAGAUGCACCAGUUGCUCUUAAAAGAAAAUUGGAGAUGAAAGCCUUGAGGGAAUUAGGUGGAUUUUCUGCUUUGAAUAGCCAGCACAUGUUCAAGUCACUAUCUGCCAUGAAUCACCGUUCUGUUGUACUGCUGAAUGAAUGCAGCAAGAUGGUCUUAGAUAAUAUCCAUGGGUGUCCUCUUAAAGUAUGCAUGGACAUAUUGGAAUCCUGCAUAGACCUUCGAUACCAUAAUUCAGAUCUCUUCAAGGGAAUAGCAGAUUAUGUGGCUGUGACUUUUGAUAUCUGGAAGUUGCAAAAAGUUUUUUUUCUCCUGCUUAUGUUUGAAAAACUUGGCUUUCGACCUAUUGAAUUGAUGGACUUGUUUAUGAAGAAAAUAGUUGAGGAGCCUAAAUCUCUGACCAAGAAAAACAUUGUCCCUAUUCUUCAUGUAUAUUCUUCUCUUAAUCACAUCAACAAGUGCCAGAACAAAGAGUUCCUAGAAGUUAUGGCUGGUGCUCUGACUGAUUAUCUUUAUCACAUCUCGUCUGAAAACCUGUUGAAUGCUACGUGUUCAUUUUGCAUGAUGAACUAUUUCCCCUUGGCUUUUGUCGAUCAACUUCUCCAAAAGGAUGUCAUCAGUGAGCUGCUGACAUCAGAUGACAUGGAGAAGAAUGUUCACAAGCUUCAUAUUUUGGAUGCUUGUCUAAAACUUGAUCUUUCUUCCUAUCACAAGGGGAUAGACACAGCACUUCCACAGCUGCCAUUGUCACCUUCAUACCCAAAUGCAAAAGUUGUAAAAGUAUUGAGCAGGCUUCUGGGAGACAGCAAAGGAUUCUUCUCAAAAGAUGUACAGUUGCCACAUAAUUAUCAUAUCGAUUUUGAAAUCAGAAUGGAUGCUAACAGGAAACAAGUACUUUCAUUUUCUGAUGCAGAUGUACCUUCUGCUACGAAUAUGCAAAGAGUAGCUGUGCUAUGUGUUCCUAGAUCUGGUUAUUGCUUGCAUUCAAGCCAUCCCAGAGGAUUCCUUGCUACGAAAAUCCGUCAUUUGAAUACAAUGGGUUUUCAUGUAGUCUUGGUCAAAAGCUGGGAGAUGAAAAAACUAACGAUGAAGGAUGCAGUCAAAGUUUUGAAGACCAAAAUCUAUUCAGGAAGUCCUUCCUACUACUGAUGUAAAUUUGCAAAACUCAUUUUCAAGUAAAAAUCAACCUUUUCAUAUUAGAAUGCAUAGAUUUGUAAAAAUAACUUUAAUAAAGACUGUAGUUCGGUUAUCAAUGGAA